CCCAGAACCCGAAGCCGCUGAUCCGGAAGGAGGCGCUGCGCUGGGUUCUCCACUUGUUCCCGCCGGAGUCAGCGGAGUACCGCUUUUACGCCAUCUAUGGGAGUGUCAGGAUUGAAAUCUACAAAGUUGAAAUAGCUUGUAAUGCAUAAAAUCGAUACCAGUUGGAAGCCCAAUUUCCAAGCAGCGCAUGACAAAUUUCGGCACCGUCUACAUCCACUUUGUCAUGCUGUUUAGGGACGACAGAAGGCGCCUUUUCCUUUUGUCAUGCUACUUUAGCAGCUCUAUCGCAGACCCCAAAGAAACAGGCUGACAGUCGGCCUCACUUACUUUCCAUCCCUGCAAGAGAGGCACUCGCACUUCAUGCCUUGCAAUUUAUGCAUGAGGAAUUAUUUCAACUUUUUCGAUUUCAAUCCUGACACUUCCAUACCGUCCAGCGAUGCGGGGACCAGGACCCCUCGGUCGCCAGCAUGGCCGCGAAAGCCUGCGACGCCAGCCGCAAGUGUCCCACCGUGAACGAGAUGAUGCGUUUUCUUCGUGAGGGAAGCAUUCUGCUGCCGUCAGAACUGGCCAAGAAGUGGCCCGAGGUGCCACAGAUUCCCAAACUGGAGAAGGGAAGCCUCGUAUGGCUUGCAAAUAGGUCUGGGUCUUGAAAGUUGGAACUUCUGAUGCUAACUUCGGACUCCAAAAAAAUUUGUAUUGUAUGACCAGCAAGAGGAGUCUAGCUUGUGCUUCGCGGGGAGGGCAUUUGUCAUGCGGAAUAUUAGGUAUCUGGAAGCAAUCAGAAGAGAGACAAUCUGUGAUGCUAGGGGAUACAUCACAGACGUCACGGGUCAUGUAAAAUCUGCAUGACAAGUUGCAACCUUCCAGACCCAGACAUAUUUGCAUUUGAUACCGCGCCUUCCUCGUCGAAUUCGUCGUCGCCCACUGCGUAUGCCUUGCAAAUAUCCCUGGAGGUCUGGAAAGAGGAAGGGUUUGUCAUGCUUGUCUGGCAUGACUGAAGAGAUUGUCAUGCGUGUGGUCCAAGAGGAGACCGCUCUUUUGCUUGUCAUGCAAUAAAACGCAGUUUUUCAUGCGGAAAGCGCAAGAUUACGUCGCGCAAAUAAGUUGUGCUUAUUUCUCAUGCUUGGCUGUGCAUUACGAUUACAGACGAGAAUUCACUAUUCACAACUCAACAUUACAUAGUUUUUAGUUUCCAGACAUCCAGGGAUAUUUGCAUUUGAUACUGCGAGGCCGAGCCGUAUCCAACAGAAAAGCUGCAGCAGGCGCAUAGUUGUACUAGAAAAUGAAAAUUCAUCGUGCAUGUGUGUUGCUGCUUUAUUUCGCCUGUCAGCGCCAAAAUUUUUGUAAAAAUAGAUGCUGGGCCGCUGCAAGGAAGACACCACAAGAAUUUUCCAUCGUCCGAUAAUAGCACAUGCACAGUCAGAUGUAGAAUGAUAAUGAAUGAACGUGCUGUGGACCAGCAUGACAAAGAUGAAGAUCGCUGCCCAAAAAUAAAAAAUGUGUCCUCUUUACCUUUGGGCAUCGACCAGCCAGCAGUGGAUUUCGUGUUGCGGCGCAAAAAGCAGAAUGAAUGACAAUUUCACUUUUUCUCUGGUACUUAUAGGCGUCACGUGCGUUUCUGUGCUAUAAGCCUUCAACAACCACGUUUGAUAUGGCUGCAGAUGAUGGAGUGCUGGGAGCAGCGAGACCUGUCGACGCCGCCGAGCAGGACGGAGAGAGCACCUCCUCGUGCAAAAGUGGAAGCAAGACCACACUGAAACGCCCCCGUGCGGACUCAGUCGUGAACACGGCCGACCACGUCGUUGCUGGAGCUCCUGCCCGCCCCGGCGCACUAGAAGGUGCCACACAACUCGAAAGAGCUCCCGAAGCUGCAGGAAUUGCAGGCGCUGAUGCGCCACGGGCGGCCCGUCCUCAGCACCAAAAAAAGUCCGUGGUCUCCGUGCAGGAUGCCAAAGUGCUGCUUUCCCUGGCCGAUGCCUCGAGCUCGUUGAAAGCCUAUCGGCUCCUCUGGGAGUUGGCGCAACACGACUUGCAUCGGGAAUUCGCUGAACGUGUGGAAUUCUUCGCAAACAAGGCUUUCCUCUCCGACAACGCGCUGGACUGGGCCCACUUUCUACAGGAUAUCCUAGACAAGUACGAUUCACCUGCUCCUGUCGAGGUUUCUGCUCAAGUCGGUCCUCCUGCUCGCGCUGCAGUCGAACCUGAGCUGCAGCUCUUCGGAACCGACCAGCUAGAAGCGGCGCAGGAGCUCGCUGCUAAGCGGAAGACGCUGUUAGCAGAACUGUAUGGCCGCUACUACGGACGAGACGAACUACUAAAAACGCCGAGCUAUGCAUUGCAAAUAUCGAUCUGGCUCUGCAACGAUAGUACUAGACUUGUCAUGCUGACCUCCUCCCAUGCUCCCGCGAAUCCUCCAUGCUGCGCUCCUCCCAUCCUCUGUCAUCCGCAUCGCGAAGUAGCAGUGCUCCUUUGUAGUGAUGUAAAAACGCAAUUUGUCGUGCGCGUUGCAUAUUCCUCGCUCAAAAAUUUGUGAUGCUUGGCUGCGUACUGCGGUCAGUUUCUUUCGGAUUCGCGACAUGGUAGCAAGACAGCUUUCAAGAAGACCCAGGUAUUAUAUUUGCAUUCGAUACGAGCGGUCUGUCAGCUACAACUUCGCGCGCCGCCGCGGCUCCAGCGCCCUCCUCCGACGAUUUCCUGGGCGACACCGUGCUCCUUCUCCUGGCUGUCCUCUAUCAUGAGGGAAAUAAUGCCUCCUCCCUUCUAUGUGGAAAACGUACAAAAAGCGUGAUUUGUGUUCCCUGUUCGUGUGCUCACGCAAAUCCAAAUGUUAUGUUGUCCUCUGUCUUGCAUAAAAUUCGGCAAGGAAGGCCUGCUGGACAGGCAAUCAUCUGUAAAAAUGCGGUUAAGCCUACAGAACAGUAGGAAGGUCUACCGUUCUGAAGAAGUGCUAGACCACAUCUAGAAAGAACCUAACGAGGCUUGGAAUGCGUCUACUAUAUUUUCCCUUGAUGCAAGAGAUGGUGCAAGAAUUUGUGUACAGGCAUAGAUGAUGCAGCAUCAGAAAUUCCCGUUUGGGGAAGGGGGGAUUUUCAUCUGAACAUCCUCGUGGUUCCCGUUUCAGGAAGCCAAGCCACGGUGACGGAGCGCGACACUGUGCCCACGGGCCAGAAGAUUUUGGACAAGCUUGCGGCCUCGAGCCUUGACUCAACCCGGAAGCUCGAGGCGUAUGAAAGCCUCAGGUUGGAAAUUCUCAAAGUGAAAAUAAAUUUGUAAUGCAAAAAAACGACUCCAGUUGAAGCACCAUUUCUAGUCGGCGCAUGACAAAUUUUCCUGGCACUCAAGUCUUCGUGUCUGUCAUGCUAGUUAGGCAAAGGUGUGCCGUUCUCUCGUGCUAAUCUAUCAGCAGCCCAAUUCUACUGAACCCGUAGAAGCACAGUAGUCGGCCUCCGUAGUUGCGUUCUCUGCAAUACAGUCUUUUUGGUGUCGCAUUUUAUGCAAUUACAUACAAAUUAUUUUCACUCUGAGAAUUUCCAUUCUGAGGCUCUCAUAAGGCGGCCACCGUACUGGUAAGGAAACUCGGCAGGGACACAGUGCUCCAGGCCCUGUCGAAGAAGAUGAUAGACCCAAUCCCGGCCUCAUCUACGAGUAGUGGCGCGGCAGGGUCGACUAUGAAAGUGCACAAGAAUUCCCCCUCCCCCUCAUUUGUCAUGCAAAACCCCAAAUACAGGCUGUGCCUCUUGGCACUGUUUGCAUGACAAGUUCUGGUAGCCCAAACAGCACUAGACUCUAGCGUACAUUUGUCAUGCAAAACCGGCAUUCGUCUUGCGCUUGCCCGAUGCUUGUAUUGCCGUUCAUGCUAUACAAAUGAUGGGCAGGGGGAGUUGUGCAUUGUCAUAUCGACGAGGACGACCAAGAGUGUGAUUCCGGACGACAAGCUGGCCAUCGGUCUAUCGAGAGGAAAAAUCCCCCCUCCCCAUAUCAAAACGAAAUUUCUGAUGCUGGAUUUGGAUACACAAAUCAGAUUUGUGUUGCACAAAGGCAUGGCGGCCAGAUCCGCAGGCUAGCUGAGGGCGUAUGGGUCUAGUUGCUCAGCAUGGCAAACGGCCUCCCUUUAGGCCCAACGGCAUGACAAAUCGCCUCCAUAAUGUGGCGGAAGCUUCUGCCCUUGUCUUCUUGCAAGACAGAUGUGAUUUGUGACCUCAAAUCAGCAACACAAGGCAUACCUUUUCAAUAUGGGGAGGGAGAAUCUUUCCUCUCAAUACGGUCCGGCAGGGAGCUUCCGCGACGCCUUCGCCUUCGGUGCUGUGCGCUUCCUCGCUGUCUGUGGCGACGUGGAGCGGGUUAUGACAGUGCACAACUCCCCCUCUUCGUCCCCCUCAUUUGUCAUGCAAAAUAUCCAAUUCACCCUUUGCCUCUUGGCCCUGUUUGCAUGACAAAUUCUGGUACUAGCCCAAAUAGCACUAUACAACUCCAGUGCAAGUUUGUCAUGCAAAACCAGCAUCCUUGCUGGUGCUUGUAUUGUCGUUCAUGCGAUACAAAUGAGGGGGAGGGGGAGUUGAGAACUGUUAUACGGGUGCUGGAGAUUAGCCAGCGCGACCAUUGGCGCGACCGCGACGACGCGGUCUGCGUCGUCGCCCUUGCGCUCGUGCUGGAUGCGGGGCUGGACAUCUCGACAAUUUUGUCGCACAUGGGCGAGGGCGAGGCAGGUGAUAAUAUACUUCCAAAGGGCCAACAAGAACCUCCUCCGCAUCAACAGAGCGGCACUACAGCAGCUGACAGUACAACUUCUACAGCACCUACAACAACGUCUGGCACGAAUGAUAAAAUCACGACAUCGGACAUCCAUCAAAAGGGGGUCUCUGUAGUGCCCCUGAGGCAUGGCGUCGUCUGGCUUCUGUGCCGGCUGAAGCACGAGCAAGAGAAGUUGCAUGGCUCCUUUUUCUCUACUAGUGCCUCACGUCAGACUUCCGCCUCUACUCCAGAUCCCGGCUUGUUAAACGAGGCCACCGUGGAACUGCUGGCCCGCAUUUUCGUCCGGGGUCUGCACCUGCCCGUCGCGAACCUGUUUGUGGCGGAUGCGGCAGCGAAAGGCCUUGUCCGGCUAUUCGCACUCACGUUCAAGAACGACACGACAAAUCAGGCUCGUCCUGGACGACGUGCUGCUGCUGCCAGCAGUACUACUUGCCUCACAAAAACUUCCGCUUCCCCACCUGUCGAGCCAGGUGGUGAACUCGAAGGAGAUGCAGGGACUGGCCCUGCUGCUCCUGCGGGCAGCACCUCGCUGGUUGUCAAAACCAUUUUCGCCUCCGUGCAGCAGCGGACACACAACGAGAGCGCCCUGGUCGCCAAGGAGGAGGACUCCGUGCUUGCGAAAUCCAAAGACAGUGCCGUUCUCGCGGCGCGGGAAAGGCAGAAUGAACUGAAGGAGAUGCUGUUUCUCUGCCGGCAGCUGGGAAACUUGAACUUCAUCAUUGCGUGCUUGGACCAGCCCACGGGCAGCUCCGUCGCGCUCGCGAGCAUGGCCGCGAUGCAUGAGGACGCUGCGAGUUCACGGCUCGCGGAGGUCGCCAAGAAGCUCAUGAACCCGAAUAGCACUUUAUCAAAUGUAAAAAUGUCUGGGUCUGGAAGAAUGCGCGAUUUGUCAUGCAGCUUUUCCAUGACCCAUGAGGUCUGGAAUGCAGGACCUAGCAUGACAGAUUCUGUGCGAUCUUUCUCAUGCCUAUCCUGCAUGAGAAACUACCUCCCGACUUGGUCAAAAUUGGGCGACUUUUGGCAAUCAUGCAACACAGAUUUUUGCAUGCUGCAGAUUUAGCAUGACAAGUUGCAAUCUUCCAGACCCAGACAUUUUUACAGUUGAUACACUUCCGCUAUGAGCAACGGCUCGAGUUCCACCGGUCCGCAGCUCGCCGGCGUAUUGACAACCCUGAACGCGCUGAUGAGCAUGUCCGAGAAGGACCAGCAGCGCCUGGCGGACCUGAUGGAUCCGCAGAAGCGCAAGGAGGCGGAGGAAAAGCAAGAAGCGGAGAAGCGCGCCCGCGUGGCCCAGGAGGCCAGCGUGAGCCAGCUCAAGAAGCAGCAACAGACGGCGUCGGUGGCCGGGUCGGGGUUCUUCGACGCGCUGACCAUCCAGGCCGCCGACGUACGGUCCCUGGCGCUCCCGGCGCACCUUCGCGCGGCGGUAGCCGAGAAAAGGCUGGUGCUGCACCAGUUUCCGCCGUACUUCUUCCACAGUAACGGAAAGCUCCGGGAAGUCAUCGUUUCGAUAUCAUACGUAAAAACGACCCCACCCCGUAGUCAAGCUGGGAACUCUGCCAGUACAUAAACGACCCCAAACACGCCGUACUUUAGUCAAGUUGGGAACUUAGCAACACAAACCCAGAAGCUUUCGGAGCAACGCAUGACAAAUUCCAGUCCGUAGUGUAGUGCAGUUUAGCAAGAGCAGCCGCACGACAAAUCCAUCUGCUCAUCCCGUUUACAGCAUCACAAAUUCCAAAACGCAAUUGGAAAUGCCUCUCAACAUGGAGAUGCGCAUUACAAGAGAUGCGCAUUACAAAUCUUCCUGUGGUCGCAAAUCUGCAUGACAACUAUGGGGUGGGAGAGUCUUUACUCAGGAUAUUCGAUCUCCCUGAACUACUUCGGGAUCGAGCGCGUGCAGGACAUCGGUCCCUGGCCCAUAUGCACUGCAAAUAUGUCUGGGUCUGGAAACUUGUGAUGCUGAGUUGCGUACCAUGAGCAUCAUGAGGAGGCCACAACUCUUGAUGGCUCAGCAUGAAAAGUUUCUGAGCUUCUACUUCUAGGUACUAUUGCCUACUCUGCAUGACAAACUUCUGCGUUUCUGCAUCACACAAAAAUGGCGGCUUUAGGUAAAAGCGUGCGUGACAGACUCGAGAGUUAUCUUGCUAGCCGAGCAAGACAAGUAGUCCCGCAUUCUUCCAAAACGCCAGACAGAUUUGCACUGGAUAGCUCAAGGUGUACCGCAACCUUGUGCGGAUCGGGUUGAGCCCAUCGGUGUCUCGCGUGAGUUUACGGGAAGCCAGCUGCCGGUGCCUGACGCAAUUGCUACGGUCGGGCAGACGCUGGAGGGAGCUGGAACCCGAGUGGCAGGCCCUUUGGGAGGCGGUGAUCCAAGUCACCGACGACCUCGAACCGAAAAUCGAGGCCGUCGCCGGCCCACUAUCACGCACUCUGCGAUCCCUGACCAUCCGUCUCUGCAACAGCUCCGGCCAACUGGCGUCGCAGCGCUUUGACGCCCCGCCGGGGUAUUACACUAAAAAGUCCCCCCCCGAUCCCGGAAGCGGGAAAAAAUAAUGUUUGUGUAUACAUAACAAGAUUUUUAAAUGCGAAACUCUUUCGGUCUUUUCCUCUGAGCUACGAGUAGUCUUUCUACUGCAGGAGAACCUUCUAUGCGUAUAAUUUCACAAGGAUCGCUUGCAUGACAAGUGCCGCGCUUGCUGGGCCUGGAGUCUUUUGCAGUACAAAUUUUUGCUAUUCACCAUUGAAAAUCUGCGACGCUGAUACAUGAAAGAGGGCGAGCGUUCCCAUAAUUGGGAACUGGAACAAGCUUUGCCAUACAAAAACAAACGCUUCCACGUUCUGGGGUCGUGGCGGCACUUAUUUUCCAUAUUUAUACGAGGAACCAGCUAUUUUCUCAGGGCGCAGCGAACGCCACCAGUAGUACUGGCGUUGCGGCGAGUGGUUCUUCCUCCGGAGCACCUGCAGCGCACCACCAGCGCCAACAGUACAUUGGCUCCGCGGAAGUGCAGGCGGCUCUGUCGAAAACACUCCCCAUGCUGCUGCAGUUCCUGCACCUGUACCCGCACGCCCGGUCCCUGUGCUUCGAUGUGAUCCACGAGGUCGCGCAACUCACGGCCAACGCGUCGUUGUUGAAGCCCUUUCUGCUGGAGCUGGUGCCGCUUCUUCUGGAAUCACUGAACGCACUGGAGCACCGCAAGGUCGCGGAGUACCAAUGGGACUUCAACCGGGCAGGCGCCGGCGAGAAAUACGAACAAGCCCGCAUCGCGGCGUCCAAAGACUCACCCAGCUUCCGGCUGCUGCGGCGCCUGGUGCCCAGUUUCGACCGGCCCGCCCUGUUGGAGCUGUCCGGGACGCUGCGGAAGUUAAUGCGGCAGGGGGUGGGCUCCAACACGAGGUGCGGGGUCUGCGAUUUCUACUCCAUGCUGGCCGCGGAGAUGUACCGUGAGGAAAAAUCCCCCCUCCCCAUAUUGAAAACGUAUGCUCCUAAAAAUUUGUGAUGCUGAUUUGUGGCCACAAAUCCUGUCUCUCUUGCAAGGAGGCAAAUCCAAAGAAUUCGCAGCCUUAGGGAGGCGAUUUGUGAUGCUGUUUCACGUACAUGGCAGGCCUCUGUCAUGCUCAGCGCCUAAGUACAACAAAACACCCCUACGCAGGCUGCGGCUUUGCUUGUAGUGCCUCACUGCAAGACAGGGCUGAUUUGUGUACACAAAUCCAGCAACAGAGGUUUCCGCUUCAAUAUGGAAAGGGGGGAUUUUUCACUUUGAUAAGAUGCCGCAUGUGUUCUCGCAGCCGAUCGCGUUGCAGACUUUGCGGGCCAUUGCGAGCUCGCUGGUGGACGAAAGCAUCGCGGUCAAGUCCGCAGCAGCGUUAUUGUGACGAAAAAUCCCCCGCCCACCCCAUGUCGAAAAGUAGAAUAAGUUUUGUGAUGCUAGAUUUGCAUACACAACUCGGACUGUAUUGCUAGAAGAAGGCCAAGAGACGCAGCUGCGGCCUCGUUUGCGCACCAUUUCUCUACUCGAUGUGUCCCUCUACUUCCAGUUGCUUCCUGUCAUGCUGAAGGCGCAAGGCUUUGGCUUUGUUUCCCACGCCGGCCAGCACUCCAGUCCACAUGUCUCUUCCGUUCUAGCUGGCAUGACGACGUGACUUGCGAUUUUUGCAAAUCGUGCUACACCAGUCCUCCUCUGAGUAUGGGAUGAAGGAGGGACUUUUCGUUGCAAUACGCGUCCGCGUUUGCGAGUAUCGCCAAACGGGUCGACGACAAGACGAGCCUGGCAGAAAUCAUCGAGAAAAAGUAUCAGAAUGAAAAAUGCCCCCACCCCCGAACUUGAAAGCAUUUGUAUUGCAAACCUUUCCAAAUGAAACAUUCGCCCUCUUGCACCUAUCAGCAUCACAGGUUUCCAAUCGUGAAUAGCGAAAAUUUGUAUUGCAAAAGACCCCAGCAAGAGCGGCGCUUGUCAUGCAAGCGAUGCGAUACACGCCUAGACUCUGCAUCAGAAAGAUUCAUACUCCUUUCAUGCAUGACAAAAAGGUUUCAUUUGGAAACUUCGCAUCACAAAUUUUUGCAAUUUGAGGGGUGGGGGGCACUUUUCACUGUAAUAAAAAGCUGCUGCCCGGAGCAGCAGACUUUAAUGAUGAUGUUGAAGACGUGAAUGUGGACGACGCGGCGCGAGGAGUAGGACUACCAACGCUAUCAAGUGCAAAAAUGUCUGGGUCUGGAAGAAUACAAACUUGUGAUGCGCAUUCCAGAACACAGGAAAAUCUCUCAUGCAUAGGCAGCAAAAGUUGCCCACUUUCUGUCACCAAAAUGCGACUUGUCAUGCGGAUUCGGCAUUGCGGACGCUUCUCGAAUCCUGUGAUGCUAGAGCUUCCAUGCCAGACCUUCUGCGUCAUGCAAAAACAGCAUGACUCUUCCAGACCGAGACACUUUUGCAUUUUAUAAACGCCCAAAAAAGGCCAAGCGGAGCCUGCUGUUGAAGUGGAGCCGGGGACGAAACAGGUGUCGACAGUUCUCCGCCUAGACGAGGGCGGCCGAGCAGGAGAGAACCCGAAAGAGGUCCGCGGUGAAGUAGAAGUAGAUGUCGCAAUGUCACUGGACCAACGCGGGCCGGGCAGUGGUAUGAUGGGAACAAAAAAUCCUCCCCAUAUUGAAAAGCCUUACUUACUUCUGAAAAUUUGUGAUGCUAUGGCUAAUUUCUGGCCACAGACCGUGCCUGUCUUGCAAAGGGGCAAUUCCAGAGAGUCCGCCUCAGUACGCCGGCGGUUUAGAAUUAUGCAGUCGCGCCCAUAGGGCAGGCCCCUGCUAUAAUGCAGCUAUGGGCCUACGCGACUAAAACACCCCUUCGCAGCCUUAGCUUCUACCUGCGGUCGUGCCAUACUGCACACAAAUGAUCCAGCAGCAGAAAGCCGCGCUUCAAUAUGGGACAUCAGCGGGGGGAUGAUUUUUCAUUUUGAUAAGUGAGCACCGAUCUUUGCUAAAGACCUCGGCAUCCGACCUCGGGUUUCUCACCACCUCGUAUCCUGAUGAAAAACGUCCCCACACCAGAGUCAAGAUGGGAAACCUGCUAGACAGAUCAGCCAGCCUUGGUUGUCUGGCAUGACAAGUUUCUUGUCCUCGUCGUGUAGUCCUGUUUAGCUAGUUCAGAAGCAUCACAGAUCUAACAUGGCAUGCUGAUUAUAGCAUCACAAAUUCAAAAACACGAAUAGAAAACGUUUCAAAUAGGGCUCCGCAUGAGAAACUUUUUUGGCGUGCAGAAUUGCAUGACAGCUCUGGGGUGGGGACGUUUUUACUCAGAAUACCUCGGCAAAGGCUUUGUCCGAGAUCCACCUAUCAACUGCAAAUAUGUCUGGGUCUGGAAAGUUGUGAUGCUGUCUGGCCAAUCAUGUGGACGUCUGCAUUGACAGCCAAGCAUGACAAGUUUUGGAGUUGCUAUAGUCUUGUCUAUCUGCAUGACAAGCUGCGUUUCUGCAUGACAGAGAAGUGUGGCUUUUGGGUGGCGCGCAUGACAGACUUGAUAGCCAUGCCAGACUAGCACGACAAAUCUCGCAAUCCCCCAGACCCAGACACUUUUACUUUUGAUACCACCGCCGAGGGUGCGAUUUGCGUUCGCUCCAAUUGCGCGACCGCCUGUGCAGCCAGUGCUUUUUUCACCAGUUCCACGCGGUGGACCGGGUCAAGCAAGAAUGGACCGCAUUGUGGCUGGAACUGGGCUUUUCUGUCCGGCAAGCCCUUACUCUCGAGCCCGUCGUCACCGUUUUAGCCCGCGCGCUGCAAUCGCAGGACCGCGCAACGCGGAUGCAGGCCUGUCGCGCCGCGGUACAACUCUCGCAAGACCUUCUCGCAGGUCGUACCACCACUGGUUCAGGAGACGAGGACGCGAAUAAGGACCUGCAGCGGCUGGCAGCGGCGCUGGCGAAAUACGAGAGACAUGCAACCCCCCCCUCGGUCGUCAUGGUCAUCGUCGCCUUUAAUAUUAUUGGUAAAUUAUUUUUUCGCAUGCAAAGAUGCAAUUCCAGGGCAGUACUACCUAGCCUUCUAACUAGCUGCGUCGUCUUGCAUAGCACUACAGGCCGUACCUGGAUCUAUUUUUGUCAUGCAAACGCUACAAUUCUAUCCUUGUCGCGAUUGCCGCGCAUCACGUCCUGCAAAGGGAAGGGGAGUUGUGCACUGUGAUACGAAAAGUGUGGAAACCUACAAGCUCGCGUACGUCGGGGCAAGUGUGGUAUUGCGCGCCCUGGUCACGCUGCUGAUGCACCUAAAUGUAGGAACAAAUAUGACAUUCACCGGCGCAAGAAGCGCAGAUGAAGCGGCGGGCGACAAGGACCACGAAGUGGGAGGUGAGGACUCAACGUUUCUUGCAAAAACCGCUUCUUCCCCUGGUGCUCUUGGCACGCGGCAGGUGCAGGCCUGCGUGGAGAUGGUGAGGUCGACGCGCGUGGAGGAUACCGAUCGCGCGGAAGCGCUGUGCAUUCUGACCGACAUGGUCGCGAAACUGGGGCGCGGCAUCGCACGGGAGAUUCCCGUGGCCGAUCUGUACAGGUGGAUCGAAACCAAGCUGGACCAGAAAGAGUAUGGUGUUCUCAAACGUUACAUUCUCAACUGUAACAUGAAUCUGUAAUGCAAGAAUGGCAAAAGCCAAAGGGGGAAGAUUGCAAAACUUGCAUUACAAAUGCCACGCUGAUUUAGGUGGUGUUUAGCCCUUCGCAAAUUUGUCAUGCGAAGCAGCUUGAUCUUGUUGAUGAUGAUGGUAGUUUUGCAUCACAAACUCACGUAACAGUUGAGAAUGUAACGUUUGAGAACUCCAUAAAGAAGUCGAGCUCCGCCAGGAAGCAGAGAAGGACUUUGCCUUCGUGGCGAAAGUUCGUGGACGCGGCCCGGCCGAGAAGCUGCUUUCGCCGGUUUUCGAUCUCUGGGCCGCGGUCCUGGACGGCCAAGACGUAUCAAAUGUAAAAAUGUCUGGGUCUGGAAGAAUCUAAACUUGUGACGCUGUCUCUUGAUUCGAAAAGGAUUUGUAUUGCAUGACCAGUAAGAGGAGUAGAUUUUGUGCUCCGCGGAGAGGGCAUUUGUCAUGCGGAAUGGGCAUCAAGAAUCCCUCCAAAGCCCUGUGAUGCUAGGGCAUGCAUUACAGGCAUAAUGGGUCAUGAGAAAUAUGCAUGACAAAUCGCGCACUCUUCCAGACCAAGACAUUUUUACAUUUGAUAAGACGGGGGAGGUGACGAUUCUUAUACGGUUGCACGACCACCAGGAGUUGCAUUUUUAUGCAUUCUUGAAAAUGUCGAUCUCAAUCUGGAAAGAUGCACACUUGUCUUCAUGCGCAUUUCUGAUUUUUGCGAAGAAAAUCUCUUCAAUGCAUAAACAGCACAAUAAGGUACUACCCAAAUAUUGGCACUUCAUUCUAUCGAGCAAAGAGAAGAUUACAUGUUCUCUCGCUGCAAAAAAUUGAUGUUCUCAAAGCCUGUGAAGAUGCCAGUAGGGCUCCUGCAUACCACGUGACCUUCAGCGUCGUGCGAAAUGAGCACCCGACCUCGACCAAGAAAAGCUGCACUAUUCUUCCAGAGCCAGACACGACAUUUGCAUUUGAUCAGUACCGGCACCACGACCUGCCGGGGGGACCACGGGGCCGCCUGCCGCAAGGACGACGCAGCAACUGCUCGGCCGCUAUCUCCAAGCGUGGCUUCGCGAAUACGCACACGCCACCGGGACUCUGCGCGUGGCGAUGCUGCGCGCGCUGCGGCGUAUCCUGCUCAAGCAUUUCUCAACAGUCCGCGUCGGGGGCGGAGUAGAUGUUCAUACAACUGGUGCCAACGUGGACCACAACGCCGCAGCUGCCACUGCCCGUUUUUUCGAAAGCGAUUUUUACGGCGAAAUGGUUCCAAGCAGUGGAGCAGGACAAGGCAUCAUGACCACGCCGUCGAGUGGAACAAGAACGACCGGCAGAGACCUGCUUCUCCAAGUUGCAAAGAUCGCCCUCAACACCGUCAACGAAGAUUGGUCGAGAAUCCGACGCGCGGGCCUGAUCCUGCUCGCCGCCUUCGUUCGAGUAGACGUAGACCAGUUGUUGCGGACCUGUGUGCAGUUGGAAGAGUUGGAAGCGUUCUUGCUCACGCUCGAGCACGCUGAGACAAACAACCUGGACGAGGCGCUUCACGAGGAUCUUGAAGAAAGACAGGCACUGCAAACUUUGAACGCGUUCAGAAAUAUGCAUUGCAAAUAUCGAUCUGGGUCCGGAACGAAGAGUGCAGGUUUGAUUUGGCAUGCUUGUCUCACAUGACAGUUGGAUCUGUCAUGCGUGAGCACGCAAAAAGCCUCUUGCCUGUCAUGCAAAAGUGCAGUUUUUGCCAAACAGAAAGCGAAACACAAAGAUGCCCAGAAACUCUUCGGGCGUGGCUGCGUAUCGCGAUAGGGUCAGCAUUCACGGACUAGCAGCCCAAUUUUCCAGAUACAGACAUAUUUGCAAUUAAUAAGAAAUGAACUUCGCGGAUAAGAUCAACAUCCAACUAAAUGAAACGAAGG